AUGUUGGUCCUGUUCGAGGACCAGAGGAAAAUCGCGAGAACGUUGGAGCAAGUCGUUCGUGGGAUGGACAAGCCUGACGAAGACGAAAGCCGAGAUUUCGAGGCAGUGACCCACGGUCCUGGCACGGAGGUUGCAGAACAGACGAGCGCUGUUAGGCAGUCGCCUCCACCGACAUCGCCAGAGCCCGUGGUACUCGAAAGAAAGCCGCAUACUAGAAACCGACGAAAACUUGUUCGCGUCCUUGUGCAGGAAGAAACACAGCAGGUGAGCAAAGUGUGGGGGGCGAGCUCAGAUCCACAAGAUUCCAGUCUACCGCUCUCCAAGAUUCAGUUGAGCAUCGACGAGAUCGAGAAGAUGAUCCAACGAGCCACGAAGGCACAACUCUCGCUUAACGUCUUGGUGGACCUCAAGCAAAAGCAGAUCAACGUGCUGGAAGCUCGGGCCACCCGCAGAGGGGCGGAAGAAACCCUUCGUUCCACAAAUGCAAUGCUCCAAUUGAACAAAGCAGCCGAGAAGCAAGGCGACACGGUGAUGGUGUUCACCGUGGUAGCAAUCAUCUUCUUGCCUCUAUCCUUCAUGGCCGCCUUUUUCGCGAUUGACAUUUCCGAAUUUGCACGCGAUCGAGACGGUGCACUUCCUUUGGGAUGGGUGUCGGCUUUCAUGUUUCCGAUUUCGCUUGCUGUGAGUGCGGCCCUGAUCUUUGGUGCGUUCAAGGUCCAAACGGUCAAGAAGUGGUGGAUUUUUCUUCAUAGGUCUGGGACUUUUCAACAGAUUUUUUUUGAGGCACCCCAGGAGGGGGAUGACAUGACCAUUGUGCCUAGCGAGAAUUCAUCUUUAUUGAAUGAGAAGCUCCUCUGGACCUUCAGAGAACUAGUCAUGCCUUGA